AUGUCUGCCGUCGAAACGAGUGCUCCGAUGGACAUAUCGGAGCCUAAUCCCACCGUAUGUGAUGUUCCCGAGCAAGACGCCGGCGUUUUCGAGCCACCGGAUGUGCGCCAUGCUCCGCCGCCGCUGCAGCCGCCGCCGCCUCCUUCUAUUUCUCCGCCUCCUCCUUUCCUCAACGAAGAUAAAGUUACCGUUUCAGUUGAAGUUUUGCUGAAACCGUCAAGCACGGCGAAGUCUGAUGAUGUCCAGUUGGCAGUCGAAAGAAUGCUGGAAAAGAGAAGCAUGAGCUAUGUAGAUGGUUCGAUCUCUGUACCACUGGAUGAUACGUUUCUGGUGGAUAAUGUAGAACGUAUAUGCAUAUGUGAUUCAGACGUGUGGGUGGAAAAUCAUGACAUUCUUUUAUUCUGGCAAGUCAAACCUGCUGUGCAUGUUUUCCAGCUCAGUGAGGAAGGGCCAUGUGAGGAUAUAAGCAAUGAUGGUCAACUUGCUAGCUUCAAUGAAUGGAUUCUUCCUGCAAAGGAAUUUGAUGGCAUGUGGGAAAGCUUAAUUUAUGAUUCAGGUCUCAAACAGAGGUUACUUCGUUAUGCAGCGAGUGCUUUGCUUUUCACUGAGAAGUGUGUUAAUCCUUUCCUUGUUUCAUGGAAUCGGUAA